CACAGAGCCGCCAUGCCGGAGCCUCGCGGGUCAUCGCCGCUGCGGGUGAACGCGGCGUUUGCCGCGAGGUACAGUCGCUACCGGGAGCGCGAGGAGCUGCAGCGGCUGAAGGAUCGCUACGGGGACCGGGACAGCGGCGGCGACUCUAGCUCCGAGUCCGACUCCAGCGACGAGCUCGUGGAAUUCGACCCCCAGCAGGAGCGGGACUUCUACAGGACUCUCUCCUUGUUGAAGAAGAAGGACCCUUGCAUUUAUCAGAAGGAUGCUACCUUCUACCAGAAAACAGCAUCAUCCUCGGAGAGUGAGGAGGAGUCAGCAGCUGCAGAGAAGCAGAAGAAGGUGCGGCCCAUGUACCUGAAGGACUACGAGAGGAAGGUUAUCUUGGAGAAAGAAGGCAAAUACGUCGACGAGGAGAACUCAGAUGGGGAAGCCUCUGAUCAGAGACGUCAGCAAACUUUGUCCCAAAGUUACGUGGAGGAACAGAAACAGCUUAAGGAAAGCUUCCGGACGUUUAUGGAGGACAGUGAGGAUGAGGACAGCACUAGGGACAGCGGCUCCGGGUUGCUGCAGAAACGUGCUAAAACCAGGGAGGAGAAGGCCCAGGAGGAGGCUGACUAUGUUGAGUGGCUGAAGGGGCAGAAGGAGAUUGAGAACCCUGAGACCCUGCAAGAACUGACCCACCUCAAGGACUAUUGGAACAACCCUGAGCUGGACGCAGGGGAGCGAUUCCUGCGGGAUUAUAUCCUCAACAAACGCUACGAGGAGGAGGGAGAUGAGGAGGAGGAGGAACGCUCAUCCCUCAGGACCCCUGGCCCCCUGGUACAGCUGGCCGUGGACGACUCUUCGGAUGAGGGCGAGCUGUUUCUGAAGAAGCAGGAGGACUUUGAGCACAAGUACAACUUCCGCUUUGAGGAGCCGGACUCAGCCACGGUCAAGACCUACCCACGUAGCAUCGCGUCCUCCGUGCGCCGCAAGGAUGAGCGCAGGAAGGAGAAGAGGGAAGAGAUACGGCAGCGAAAGAGCAGGGAGAAAGCUAAGAAACAGGAGGAGCUCAAACAGCUGAAAAACCUGAAGAGGAAGGAGAUUCUGGCCAAGCUGGAGAAGCUGCGGCAGGUCACAGGCAACGAGACGCUGGGCUUAGAGGAGCAGGACCUUGAGGAUGACUUCGACCCUGCCCAGCACGACCAGCUCAUGCAGAAAUGCUUUGGGGACGAGUACUACGGCACCAUGGAGGAAGAGAAGCCGCAAUUUGAGAAAGAGGAAGGGCUUGAAGAUGACUGGAACUGGGACACGUGGGAUGGGCCAGAGCAGGACAGUGCUUGGGGCCAGCAAGAGCUACACUGUGAGGACCCCGAUUUCAACAUGGAUGCAGACUAUGACCCCAGCCAGCCACGGAGGAAGAAGCGCGAGGCCCCCUCAACGGGCAAGAAGAAGCGCAAGUCACCUUUUGCCAUAGCCGUGGGGCAGGAAAAGCCGGUGUUUGACCCUGGAGACAGGACGUUCGAGGAUUACCUGGACGAGUAUUACCGGCUGGACUAUGAGGACAUCAUCGAUGACCUGCCCUGUCGCUUCAAGUACCGCACCGUAGUGCCCUGCGACUUUGGGCUCAGCACUGAGGAGAUCCUGGCAGCCGAUGACAAGGAGCUGAACCGGUGGUGCUCCCUGAAGAAGACCUGCAUGUACAGGUCGGAGCAGGAAGAGCUGCAGGACAAGAGGACGUACAGCCAGAAAGCCCAGAACUCAUGGAAGAAGAGGCAGAUCUUCAAGUCACUCUGCUCAGAGGAGAUGGAGAUGCCCACGGAAGCCACAGGGAAGCCACAGAGAGACAAAGCUGGCCCGCAGGAGCAGCUGCCAGUGCCUGAUGGGGCCCAUGGGAAACGGCUUCAACCUGAGAGCCCCCUAGCACAGGAAGAGGUGGCUCCUGUAUCAGCCCCUGAGAAGCCAGCCCCCCCGAAGCGGAGGCGGGGCAAGAAGGCACGUCUCCUGGGUCCCACGGUGACACUUGGAGGGCAUGAGUUCAGCCGCCAGAGACUGCAGGCUUUUGGCCUCAACCCCAAACGGCUGCACUUCCGCCAGCUGGGCCGGCAACGGAGGAAGCAGCGAGAGCCCAAGAGCAGCCCCUGAGCCUGGUGAGGGUGGGCAG